CAUGUGAUCCUGCAUGCCCUGCGGGAGAAAGCGGAGUCCCACCCCGAGCUGCAUGCGCUCAUCCACAAUGUGCAGCAAGAGAACGGCUACGCCAGCACGGACGAGGAGAUCUCGGAGUUCAGCUGGCCUCGGAGGGGAGCUUCUCCCAGUUUUUCACCAUGAAGGGCUUGGCCAGCCAGGACGACUUCAAGUUCAAGGGGGAACCCAAGCUGUCAGGCCAGAUGAAGGCUGUGUCGACCGAGUGCCUGGGACCCACGCUGGACAUCUCCACCAAGAACAUCACCAAGUCCUUGGUGUCCCUCAUGGAGAUCAAGGAAGACGGGAUCGGCUUUUCCAUCUGGGAUUCCUACUACAAGGAUGAGGUCUCUCACACCAUCAGCCUGCCCACCCACGGCAGCACCUUGUAA